AGUUAUCGCUGCGGUGGUCGCGAUGGGAAAGUCAGAUUUUCUUACGCCUAAGGCCAUUGCCAACAGGAUAAAGUCCAAGGGGCUGCAGAAGCUGCGCUGGUAUUGCCAGAUGUGCCAGAAGCAGUGCCGGGACGAGAAUGGCUUUAAGUGUCAUUGUAUGUCCGAAUCUCAUCAGAGACAACUGUUGCUGGCUUCAGAAAAUCCUCAGCAGUUUAUGGAUUAUUUUUCAGAGGAAUUCCGAAAUGACUUUCUAGAACUUCUCAGGAGACGCUUUGGCACUAAGAGAGUUCACAACAACAUUGUUUAUAAUGAGUAUAUCAGCCACCGAGAACACAUCCACAUGAAUGCCACUCAGUGGGAGACUCUGACUGAUUUUACCAAGUGGCUGGGAAGAGAAGGCUUGUGCAAAGUGGAUGAGACCCCAAAAGGCUGGUAUAUUCAGUAUAUAGACAGGGACCCAGAAACUAUCCGCCGGCAACUGGAACUAGAGAAAAAGAAGAAGCAGGACCUUGAUGAUGAAGAGAAAACUGCUAAAUUUAUUGAAGAACAAGUGAGAAGAGGUCUGGAAGGGAAAGAACAGGAGGCCCCCGUUUUUACAGAAUUAAGCAGAGAAAACGAAGAAGAGAAAGUGACAUUUAAUUUGAAUAAAGGAGCAUGUAGUUCAACAGCAACAUCUUCCAAGUCAAGUUCUUUGGGACCAAGUGCUUUGAAGGUAAUAGAGACCAUAGCAUCAGUGAAACGGAAAGAAUCUUCCCAGAGCUCAGCUCAACCAAAAGAAAAGAAGAAAAAGAAAUCCGCACUUGAUGAAAUCAUGGAGAUUGAAGAGGGCAAGAAAAGAGCUGCCCGAACAGACUACUGGCUUCAGCCUGAAAUCAUUGUGAAAAUUAUAACAAAAAAGCUGGGAGAGAAAUACCAUAAGAAAAAGGGCAUUGUUAAGGAAGUAAUUGACAAAUACACAGCUGUUGUAAAGAUGAUUGAUUCUGGAGACAAGCUGAAACUUGACCAGACUCAUUUAGAAACAGUAAUUCCAGCACCAGGAAAAAGAAUUCUUGUUUUAAAUGGAGGAUACAGAGGAAAUGAAGGCACCUUAGAAUCCAUCAAUGAGAAGACCUUUUCAGCUACUAUAGUCAUUGAAACUGUAAGUAUGUAUACACAAAGACAGAAAUUUCAAAGUGCUUUAAAAAUGUGUCAUAGUUCUUUUUCAUUGGAUUGGUCUUUGUGUCAUUUUAGAGUUUGGGCUUUUGUUUGCCUUUGCUCCUGUUUAGAAAUCUGUAAGCUCGUUUUCUCUAGUGACUCUACCAUUGCUAAAGCAUUUUAUUUUCUAAUUACUAAAGAAAUGCCUAUGUGACUGAGUCCAUUCAGACUGCUAUAAUAAAAUACCAUAGACUGGGUGGCUUGUAAACACCAGAAACGUAUUUUUCACAGGUCUAAGGGCUAGAAGUCUAAGAUCAAGGCUCUGGCAGAUCUGGUGUCUGGUGAGGCCCUGCUUCCUUUUCAUGUGUCUUCACCUGAUGGAAGGGCCAGGGGAACUCUCUGGAGACAUUUGGGUUGUUUAUAGUUUUUGGUUGUUACAAAUAAAACUGCCUUUUUUAAGGGCACUAAUCCAUUUAUAAGGACUCCACUCCCAUGACCUCAAAGGCCCCAUCUCCAAAUACCAUCCCAUUGGGCAUCAGGUUGCAACAUAGGAAGUUGGGGGGGGCCCAUUUAGUCAAUAGUAAUACUCAUGUAAAACCUGAAAAAUACAAUUUAAUUUAAAUAAUAUUUUUAAUUACCCAUAAUAUCCCAGCCAAAUGAUAAUUUUAUAUUUUAUAAAACUGUCUACAGUAUGUAGUUUUAUAUUCUGACUUUUUUCCCUCUCACAUCUAAUAUAAAACUCAGUUUGUCGUGUUAUAAUUAGUGGGGAAUGUGCAGUUAUAAUUAGUGGGGGAAAAGCCACAGAGAUCAAUUUUUAAAAAUGUCCCUCCUUUCAUAAAGGAUUUAAGGUAGCAAAGAUCAAGAAAAUAAUUAAUUUAAAGAAAUCUGACGUACAAAAAUUGCUUAUUGAUUUAGAAUUGAUAAUUGAGUGAUAGGUCUGUGCAUGAGGCAAAGGGGGAUGUAAGAUAUCUGAAGAAGAAAAGAUCUGAAACAUGCUUUAUCCUAACUGCCUAAUUCUUUUUAAAAUCUUAACUAUGUAUUGUGUAUCUUUAUCUCUAAAUGAAAGACUUUUUUGUCUCCAGUACAGCAAGUGUUAAUAUUUUGGGGGGAUAAUAAACCCCUUGGAGAAUCUGAUGAAAGUUCUGAACUCUCUCCAAACAAUUGCACAUGAUUGUCAAAUUUUACAUAUUUGUUGUCUUAAGGAAUUCAGGAAAAAGCAUCCCCUUAUUUGAGAGAAAAUCACAUUUUAAGUAGAUUAAGUUUUUCUUUCUCUGCUCCUGACAAUACCAAUCUAGAAACUGUCACUAUGUUAAAAUAUGGCGGAGGGCGGGGGGGAUCAUCUGUCUUUGAGACAUUUAUGAGUCUCUUUAAAAGUAAGUUUUUCUCUCUGGCUCAAUUAGUGUAAGGCUAUGGAAAAUCUUAGUUUUCUGUGGCAGAUUGAUCCGCCUCUACUUGUUAAUUUCAUAGUACUAUCCAGUUUGGCUCCUGCUUCAUGUUUUCAUCUCAGGAAAACACAAAACAGAUAACUACCAUUGAGGAUAUUCUAGGUUCCAUCCAGAUACCUUUGGUUUACAGUUUGUAUGAUUUUCAAGAAGUACUUUCUUCUCUCCCGCACUUUAAUCCCACAGUUUCACCUUCCUUUCUCAGCCUUAGUUGCUUACAGAGCUGUGCUAAGACCUCUGAGGAAGUCCACAUAAAAAGCUUUCUGGUUGACUGCAAAACAGCACUUACUUUUGGAAGAGGAAACCUACCUGCUAAUUUUUUGGUUUUUUUCUUUUUCUUUUGAAGUCUGCCCC